UUGUUUUUUUAAAUUUUUUUUGUUCUUCUUGUGAACAGAAUAAAAAUUAGAAUUAGUAUCUUAAAAUGUAUCUAUUUUAUUUAUUAUAUAGUAUAUAUAGUAUGAUAAAUUAAAUUAAAUUGAUCUAGGAACAAAAAAAAAAGUAAAAUCAUUUUCAUUAUCCUUCUUUUAUUUGCAAACGUAACAAUUUCAUUUUAAUUUAAUAUUAUUUGCUUUUACGAAUUUGUAAUUGCUCAUUAAAAUGGUUAAUAUUUGCUGUAUUGUUGAUUGUGAAAAUCACAAGUCUAGUAAAGGCAAGAAAUUUUCCCUGUUUCAAUUUCCAAAAUGUAAUAACCUCCGGGAUGAAUGGAUAGAAAUUGUUUCAAAAAUUAAUGGUAAAACAACAAAGCCGACACAUGUAUGUGAAAAACAUUUUGAUCCUAUGUAUAUAAAUCAUUCAUAUUCAUGGUGGAAUGAGUUGAAUGAGGAUGAAAAUUUGAAAAUACCACAGCGAAUAAAACCGAAUUUAAAAGAAAAUGCAAUUCCAUCAAUUUUUAAAAAUUUCAACCAAAACAAAACUGGCGAAACCAAUCAAUAUGAAAUUGUUCCUAAAACUUUCACAGGGGUUUUAAAAAGUGAACAGACUAAUGGACUGACCCUAUUUCAACCAACACAAGGCAAUAUGUGUCGAAGAGAGCUUUCUGUGUCUGAAGGAAAUAACUUAACACCAAAAAUUAAAAAUAUUGAUGAAGUAUUAAUGAACUCUGAGAAUAAGAUGGUUGAUUCGUUUAUGGCAUUAAGACAUAAUCUUGAAUACAUAAAUAUACCACCAGGCUGGAACUAUUUUUGUGAUGAAGCUGGCAUAAGUUUUUGUUUUUUGAAAUAUGACAAUACCAGAGACACCAAAGUAGUGAUCGAAAAACAAAUAGUUUUCACUCCAGAUUUAAAUAUUAAUUAUUUUACCAAUAAUAAAUUAUUAGCUAAAGAUAAAUUUUUAUUUAAUUUAGCUUAUCCAUUUCAAAUAAAAGAUAUAGAAAAAGUACUAAACAUAUUUUCCUUGAAAGUUAUUUGCACAGGUGGACCAAGCAAAAUAAAUUUUCCAGGUAUCUAUCAUGAAAAUGGUCAAACAAAUUCAAACCAAAUUUGGCAUCAUUUGCAAUGUUCUACAUUAAUAGAACCUGGUAGAAAAAGAUGUAUUUUAUGUGAAAAGUUGUUAUAUUCAUUUAGAUCUAAGAAAUAUAGAUUGAACUUAAACCAGAACCAUACAAAAACACUAACUCCAAUUAGAAAGAAAUUGUGUAGUAGUAUUUUAAAGGCAAAAAAUAAAAAAAAUAAAAUACAAGAAAAAACAAUAAAUUAAAUUUUUUUGUGAAUGAAGAGGUUGGCAGUUAUAGUUUAAUUCGAUAAUCGGUCAUAUAUAGUGGUGUUUUAAUUAAAAUUUAUCAUCAAACCGUUUUUGGAAGACAUAACGAGACCAUGACAUCGCCUAAAUACUGUUUGAAAACUUGCAAUAGAACUUCCAAAUGUCAAGGCAAGUGCUUAUUUGUCCUGACAGAUAAAUAUUAUAGUAACUAUGUUUUAUGUCUUACAAUUCUUCUUAAAGUUUCAGAAUUCCACAACGAACAGGACCAUGAUUUAUUUCUGUUAAAGUUAACUUCAAUACUUAAUUGCGACAGUUUCAAUAGAUUCCAGCUUAACGCCACUUUAGAACGUCUUCCAUUAUCUAGCUUGCCAUUCGUCCCGGUUUUAAUAGCAUGUCCCGGUGUCCCGGCCGGUCAUUAACUUUGUCACAGUUAAUGGAAGCCGAGCAAAAAUAACUUAAAUAUUGUAUUAUUUAAUAACAAAAAAUAAAAUAAUAUUGAACAUGUAUGUAAAAUGAAUUUUAGUCUAACUUGUAAAUAAUUUUAUGAAAAAAUUAAAAUUAAUAUAGUUCUAUUGAAAAAGAUCCAUUCAACAAAAAAAAUAUAAUUAACUUAUAAUUAAUAAAUGCAAAUAAAAUAAUUUUAGUUUAUGUAAAAAAAAUGUAUUGGUUUAUGUAUUUUAUUUUAUUUCAUAGAAUGUAGUAAAAUGUACAUCUUAACAAUA